GAUAAAAAAAUUAAAAAAAGAAAAAGAAAAAGUAGGAGGCACACACACCAGAAACGUCAACGAUGGAAGGCGAGGCAGUUGCAGUGCCAAACUGACAGAAUUCAAAUCAUGAUAGGCAUAUCAGUAACCGGUAUGAUGUACACGCUCACCCCAACAAUCUCUUCAUUCACGCGCUUCUCACCCACUUUUUUCACUUCUAAUUUUCGUCUUCGAGCUUCUUCUUCUUCAACCACAUUUCUUGACACCAAUCCAACGGUGGAUUCCGUUGUAGUUGAGAACGAAGUUACUCGGAGCAGCAAUCCCUUGGCUUGUCCCGUGUGUUACAACUCUUUAAAUUGGAAAACUCAUCAUGCUUUGUCCCUAGAUUCUAUCCCUGGAUCUAGUUUACAAUGUAGAACCUGUCAGAAAGCAUAUGUUGGUAACCAAACUCAUCUUGAUCUCACGGCAAUAAGCGGUGCUAAAAACUAUGGUGAAUCCAUGCCAGCUUCCACUGAGCUUUUCAGGACGCCGUUGAUAUCAUUUCUCUAUGAGAGGGGCUGGCGUCAAACCUUUUCUGUAAUGGGUGGUUUUCCAGGUCCUGAGAAAGAGUUUGAAAUGAUGAAGGGUUUCCUAAAACCAAUAUUGGGUGGAAAUAUCAUCGAUGCUAGUUGUGGAAGUGGAAUGUUUUCAAGAUUAUUUGCAAAAAGUGGACUUUUUUCUUUGGUUGUGGCUCUGGACUACUCAGAGAACAUGUUGAGGCAAUGUUACGAGUUUGUUCAGCAGGAAGAUAACUUUCCAAAAGAGAACUUCAUCUUGGUUAGAGCAGACAUAGCUAGACUUCCUUUUGUCUCAAGUUCUAUUGAUGCCGUGCAUGCAGGAGCAGCUCUCCAUUGUUGGCCUUCACCAUCAGCAGCUGUAGCUGAAAUAAGCCGUGUUUUACGGCCUGGAGGUGUCUUUGUUGCAACCACCUACAUACUGGACGGGCCUUUUAGCGCUGUCCCAUUUCUAACUACAUUUCGCCGGAGUAUAAAGCAAGUAUCCGGGAGCUGCGUCUUUCUCUCUGAGCGUGAACUCAAAGCUCUCUGCAAGGCGUGUGGACUGGUUGGGUUUAAAUGCAUCAGAAAUGGGCCUUUUGUGAUGAUUUCUGCUGCAAAGCCUAAAUAAGAUUAUUGGCAUAUCAGAAGUUGGGAAGAGACAACACUUCACACCGAAAAUGUGUCGAUUUCGACAGAUGGUGAAGGGGGUGUCCGUUCAUCAAGAUGUGUGAGAAAUGUGAAAUCAAAUUUAUUUGUAAAUAUUGCAGCUCCUCUAUUUGACCCUUCUACUUAAUUGGUUUUUUCAUUUUUUCUUUUCUUUGCAUUUGAUGUAUCAUUACCUCAUCACCAUUCUAUAACUAGUAAUUGGAGUAAUAAGAA